CAAACACUAGCUGGCAGUUAAUGGUUAGAUGCGGAUAUAUAACUAGCGGUAACGUUUAAUAGUUCUUGUUGACUUUAGGUAAUAUAACUUACUGUGUUUCGCGUGGCAGUUUUAGAAACGAAGCUAAGUACUUUUUCCAAAAGGAAUUUCAACUGCUACAGCGCAUGUGAGGUGUAAUUCGUUGGGUGCGCUUAUCCGUCGUCAUGUCUCACAGUACAUACAAUAAAAUCUGGUCUAACGCCCACGAUGAGCUGAACAGUCUACUGAACCAGGAGCACCCUGCCUCUCCACUCCACCCUGAAAAGGACAGAGUAGUGUUCUUCCAGCGCUUGGCCACCCUCUAUGUACGUUAUGUGCAAAUCUUUAGGCAGCUGGAGGAAGUCUAUGACCAGAUGGUCCACCCGCAAAAGAGACGAGUGAUCCGGGAUGUUUUGGAUGGUGUUAUGGGCCGUGUUCUUGAGCUCAAGAACGAGAUGGUGGAGAAGGAGUUCUCUGAGUACCAUUACAUGGACGAUGUCAUUCAAGACUUGAAGCUGACACCGGCGGACAUUGAGAUCCCCAUCCCAAGAUACUUCCUCAGCGAAAGGAGCAGGGUCCUACAGGAGAGAGGGAAAAUUCUGUCCCAGAUCCUCAAAGUAAUGGGAGUUGUGGAAAGGCCAAAGCCUUUGGGAGUUCAUCCAUUAAGUUUUGAAGAGGCUGUCAAGCUCAUACAAGUGUCAGAGAGAGCACGUCAGGGACGAUUGCGGGCCAAAUUCAUGAAGGAGAUACAGCAGGAUGGAGAGAGGCAGAGGAGAGCCAAGGACAGAGACCUGGGACCAGAUGCCAUCAAUCGUGCUGCUCUGAGCAUCCAGAAGGUGUGGAAAGGUUACCAGCAGAGGAAGAAAACAAAGAGGGACCGAGAAGAAGAGAUGGUUUUUCUGGGCAUGGUCCUGGCUUCUGACCAGUCCCAGCUUUGCUCUUCCUUACUUGCUGCUCAGGCUAAUAAGGCCUACAGAUGGCAGAAGCAAGCUGAGUAUGAAGAAGACUUCCAAAGGACAACUAUCACCAUAGCUGAGAAGCUCAGAGAAGUGGAGGGACCUGACAUGAGAGAGACCAUGAAAGAGCAGAUCCGGCAGUGGUUCAUUGAGUGCCUUGAUGCAACAGGAAAUUUCCCAGACUACCCAGAGGAGGAGGAUGGGGGCUCAGCUCUGAUUUUUGCUGACAAAACUCCACACCAGCUAAUGGAGGAACUGGCAGCCAAGGAAGAGGAGGACAGCAACAAGAAGCUCAAAGCAAAGGAGGAGAAAAAGGAUAAAGGGAAGAAAGACAAAAAGAAAGGGGCAGAAGAGGAGGAGGAACCAGGUCUGAAAAUGCUGCCAUCAACUUUCCUGCCUGACCUAGAGAUCAAACAAAAAACCUUCACAAGUGUCUGGCAGAGUCGCACUGAGUCCAAGAACUUCAGUCAAAGGCAUGAGGCUGAGCUGAUCAAGGAAGAGAAGAGGAAAGAACUUGAGGCUGAAAUCAGACGUCAGGUGGAUGAACUCAUGAGACAGGAGCUGGCUAACUGGAAACUGGCCAUGGAUAAAGACAAAGGAGGAAAGAUCAAGGGCAAGGCUAACGCAAAGAAAAAAAAAGGAUCGAAAAGUGGAAAGAAGAAAAAGAAAGACAAGGAUCUAACAGCUGAUAGGAAUAUCGAGUCCUUGUAUCAGGAACUGGUGGAACAGGGCUUGCUGAAGCAGGCAGAAUCAAUUACGUUGGAGGACUAUUUAGGUGACCACAGCUAUCUUGGGACGACUCUACGACAGACUGAUAUCGAGCCCAUGCCAUCCUUGUCAGAUGUGCGGCAGGUUAUAGCUCUAUACGCUGUAAUACCAUUAGGUUCUCAGGCAGUCCAUGAGAAAGCCCCACUGGUCAAGGCCAUUCUUCUGGCUGGUCCAACAGGUGUUGGCAAGAAGAUGCUGGUUCAUGCCAUCUGCCAAGAGACUGGAGCCAACCUUUUUGACCUCUCCCCUCUGAACCUGGCUGGGAAGUACCCAGGCAAAAGUGGGCUGCAAAUGAUGCUCCACAUGGUGUUCAAGGUUGCUAGGUUGAUGCAGCCCUCCGUGGUUUGGGUUGGAGAUGCUGAGAAGAUGUUUUAUAAGAAAGUUCCAAAAGAAGAGAAAGAGUUAGAUCCAAAACGUUUGAAGAAAGAUUUGCCCAAGAUUCUCAAAUCAAUCAAAGGUGAAGAUCGUGUUCUUAUUGUGGGAACAACUCAAACUCCAUUCAAUGCAGACCUCAAAGCACUCUGCAAGGUGUACAGCAAGAUCAUUCUGAUUCCACGGCCAGACUAUGCUUCACGAUAUGUAAUGUGGAAACAGCUUAUCAAGAAAAACGGCGGGGAGGUGACCAGUGUUUUGGACCUCAGCUCUCUGGCCAAGAUCUCAGAUGGCUACACGCAGGGUCAGAUGGUGCAGGUUGUGCAGACUAUCUUGACAGAGCAUCGGAUACAGCAGCUUUCCAAGAGACCCCUCAGUGCAGCUGAAUUUGUCACCCCACUCGCCAAGAUUGACCCAAUUUUCCAGGAAGAGGAGGAAGCCUUAAAAAUUUGGUAUGCUAAAACCCCACAGGGAAAGAAACGAGCCAAAGCAGCCUCGGGCAAGGAGGGAGAAGAGGAAGUGCCAGAGAAGGGAGACAAAGCUGCAAAUAAGAAAGGGAAAAAGUAGAAUACUUCUGCAUAUAAAGGAAAAAAAAAACACAAAUGAAACACAUA